AGCAUUGAACGGCAACUCCGAGUACACUGUUUGGCGCAUGGGCAUUAGGAUCCCGGAAGCCCUGGGCCGACAAGACUGACGCGAGGGGCAGGUCGUCAUGGCAACGCGCAGAGAGCGAGGUGGGGUAGUUGCCAGGUGAGUGGUAGGCGGCGGGCACUGACGUCAGUGGACAGACCAGAUGAACCCAGCCCAGAAUUGGCCACUUAAAAUGGAUCUGGAAGUAAAGGGCUUUGGGACAUCAAGGCACGGAGGCCGACAGAAAUCAGCUCAGGGUUGGAGGAUAAGUUCCAGCGUUGCUUAUGGCCCACGUCCCAAUGAUGUGCCUGCAUUAGAUUUGGGGAAACUUGGUGAUUUGGAUAGUGAGAGUGAUUUGUUAUAUACACCUAUUAUGUCAGCAAAACCUCGACUGGCUUCUCCAGAUUCUACCUCAACUGUAAGCUGGGGCACGCCUUUGCCAUCUGCACAUGCAGCGUACCACUCCUACCGUCAGCCAUGCCCAGUGGAAGAGUUGACGGUUCCUGAAAAUCUACCUGCACCGUCAGAGCGGUACAGAAUGAAGUACCAGCAGUAUGAAGAGGAGAUGAAGACAAAUUACAAGCAAUAUGUCCAGCAGAUGGCGCAGAAGAGCAAAGCAGUUCCUUCACAUCAGCAUCCCCCACCAGCAGGUCCCCAGACCCAGGAGCCAAGAGUUGAUGAUGUGACUCCCAGGUACCUAACAGCUCUUGAUGAGAAAGCUAGCCUUCAACAGUGCUACACUAGCAAACCAUAUAAUGAGCAGCAGCACAUGAGGAAGUUGGCAGCUGAAGAUCUUGCUAUGGAGAAGCGAAAGCAGGCCGUGGUGGAACAAGUACUGGUGGAUCACCUAUCCAGGGCAGUGAUCAGUGAUCCAGAACAAGACGGAAACAGCAUUGAUCUGACACAUCAGCAAACUACACUCCCAGGCAUUGGAUCCACACCUCUAAGAUUUAGAAACAGGAAACUCCAUCAGACCAAAGUGAAGACAAGUUCAACAUUAACUGAAAAUCUCCUCUCAAACAAGUUACGGUUUGAUGGCCGGAUUAUUUCUAAAAAUGGACGGGAUGCAUGUAGAGAGCUAAUUGGCUUCUUCUUUGCAUUUGACAAGUCUCUCACGGUAUAUGAAUAUCGCCAGUUUGGGAAGAAUAGGACUAACGCACUUCCAUUUAUUCAAAGGGGCAUUUACUGCCAUUGUUACGGUAGGCGGAAGAAAAGGCAAUAUGAUGUUGACGAUUUCUAUGUGGGUGCAAACCUGACCUUUCUGACCUCAGAUCACGUCGGUCUCCCUGCGAGUGUCCAAGCAAAGCAGCUACUGACACUGCGGAUCACCAGCAUUGACGAAUUGGCAAAGCACUCAUUGCAAACCGGUGGGGAUCCAUCCUUAAGUAAGCAAGAGAUUGAAGACAGAAAUAUCCUUUUGACUGCACAAGGGCUGUUAAGAGAAAAGCUGAAGAACAGAGGAGUCCGCACUAUGACUGGACUGGGGAAGUACUUUCGACAGCGGGAUUCCAGUGGGAAUGGAGAUAUGGCCAAAGCAGAAAUGAAACAGGCUCUGAAGGAAUUCCAUUUAGAACUUCCUAAUGAGGAUUUUGAGUCUAUUUGGCUUUUGCUGGACCAGGACUGUGAGGGUAAAGUAGAUUAUAACCUGUUUAUCCAAGCCACCAUUGGAGAGAUGAAUGAGUUUCGAAAGGCAUUUGUAAGAAAAGCUUACAUGAAGCUUGAUCCUAAUAAGACUGGCAGCAUCUCUGUGAAUGAUAUUAGCAAGUUCUAUAACCCGAAGAAACACCCCAAAGUUUUAUCAGGAGAAUCUUCAGAGCAGCAGGUCCGCUCAGCGUUCCUGGACACCCUACAGGAGUACUGUGCCAGCCUGAAUGAAGUGACAUACUGUGAAUUUGAAUCCUAUUACGAGGGUCUCAGCCUCGGAAUUGCGAACGAUGAAGAUUUUGCCAACAUCUUGAGAAACUGCUGGGGGGUCUGAGAUUUUGAGAACAAACUGGACAAAGUCAGAAGGAUCGUUACUUCUAUGCACCUUCCAAAUCGACGUGCCAUUAGUUAAUGGGUAGAAGCUAACUACAACAUAGAACCCUGUAGUAUCACUACAGAAUGUUCCAGCUUUUCAGUUGGGCAGAGUUUAGCUCUACCAUUUCUUAAAGAUAUUUAGUUUUUUUAAGGAGAUAUUUUUAGACCAUAAGACCAUAACGCAGAGGAGUAGAAUUUGGCCAUCGAAUCUUCUCCGCCAUGACCAAUUUAUUAUCCCUCUCAACCCCAUUUUCCUGUCUUCUCCACAGAACUUUUGACACUCUCACUAAUAAAGAAUUUAUCAACCUCCACUUUAAGUACACCCAAUGACUUGGCCUCCACAGCUGUCUGUGGCAAUGAUUUCCGCAGAUUUUCCACCCUUCAGCUAAAGAUAUGCUUCCUCACCUCUGUUCUAAAUGGAAUCCCUCUAUUCUGAGGCUGUGUCCUAGGCUCCCUAAAUAUAGUAAACAUCCACUCCACGUCCACUCUAUUUAGACCUUUCAAUAUUUGAUAGGUUUCAAUGACAUCCCACCUUGUUCUUCUAAACUUCAGUGAGAUCAUCAAAUGUUUCGUGGCACUAGAUGGGAUAGGAACCUCUACCAGGAAGAAAAUCCUUCAGAUUUUAUGUCCAAUGAGCACCAGUAAUAUGCAUUUUCCUGCCCUACUUCUGUCGUCUGAAGAUUUACUUGUUCACCAGUGGAUUUUCAGCGAAGUGUAUUUAUUAUUCCAAGCGCUUAUAAGACUAUUCAGCCCAUUGAGUCUGCUCUUACUAAUCAAUAGCCUAGCCUUUGCUUUAAAUAUACCCAAUGAUUUGCCUUUCAUAGCUAUGUCAGGAAAGUAAGUAAAUUACUUCUUAGAAGUCCUUAGACCAUAAAUUUAAAGUAUUUAAGGUUCUGAAAAUUGAAUAUGUUAAUCCUGGUCUACAAGACCUGGGGGGUUGGUGUUGAUGGAUUAGUUUGUAUUGUGGUGUAUGCAUCAAAUGCAAGACAAUGUCUCUUUUGCCAGUCACUGUCACUGCACAGUCAUUCUUCAUUGCCUGGAUGGCACAUCAAGAUUUUCUGGUGAUGUGGGACACUUGGAUAAAUAUAAAUCUGUAAUUCCCAGUGAAAAUUUAAAAAAACUGUAGAUGCUGGAAAACUGAAACAAAAUUUGAAAGCACUGGAAAUACUCAGGUCAGACAUUGUCUCUGAAGAAAGAAUCAGAGAACGUUUUGAGUUUGCUUCAGUUCUUGCAGUGUAAGUAUCAAAAGGUGUUGAUGUAUUUUCAAUAGGACCCCAACACAAAAACUGUUGGCUGAAUUGGAGUAUAUAUUUAUAGUAUACCAGUCUUUGAGUAUCAUCCCUCUUGGAUAAAUGUAAGGUACCAGGUUCAUUUACCUUGAUGCAUUUCAAUGACAGAAGAACCCAGCAAGUCAGGCAGUACCUAUGGAGGAGAAUAGACAAUUGCUGUCUCAGGCCGAGACCCUUCACCAGGAGUCCUGAUAAAGGAUCUUGGCCUGACACAUUGACUGUUUAUUCCCCUCCAUAGAUGAUAUGCUGAGUUCUUCCAGCAUCUGUUGCUCAAGAUUUCCAGUGUCUGCAGAAUCUUUUGUGUUAAUGCAUUUCAAUGGUGUCUUAGUUUUCUGUGCUGUAUGGAGCAGGUAUGUGCAGUGCAGACAAACCUCCCCACUUCUCUCCACGUUAUAUCCUUUGUUUCACAUCAUCUUCUCCUCUUUACCCAAUCUUGACACCACAGUCACUCUCUCUCCACUCUGGGAAGGGAAUUUCUUUCUGAAUUCAGUAUUUUAUUGAUGCCUACUAGUUGUAUUCUUUCAACUUGUCUUCUAUUUAAUUGUGUAUGGUGGUGUAUAUAUAAUAUUGCAUACUAGAGCUCUAUGUCACAAGCUCUACAACAUGAAGUAUACACGGGAUAAGUUAUGUUUUCACAAACAUUGUUACCAAUAUAUUAAAUACACCGAUUUCUGUGUAACCUGUUGUGUGAAUGAAGGACAGGAUUUCUUGCAAUGCCUUUGGGAUGGACAUGUGAGGGAAUUUGAAUGAGUUGUAAAGGAUUAUAAAUAAGCUUUAUUUGUCAAUGUA